AGCUUGAGCAAUCGUGAUCAUAGAAAUGCGACAGCUUCUUAUAAGGGACUCUGUGAAACAAACUUUAAAACAGUGGAAAGAAGAUGAAAUAGCGUCCACAAAUACUCAAAAGAGUCUCCAUAUGGAUAUUUCAGUAGUUGGUUGGCUUAUUGGAGUUGCUGACCUGGAAACUGUUGAAGUAUGGCAUUUUGUUCGAAACUCGCCCUUUACCAACUCCAACGAUCUUCAACAUAUAGAUCGAGUACUGUUGAAGGAUAUUGGAUUCUACGCAAGUGCUUUAUCUGGUCCUCACAUCCAGUUAUUGGGACCUAUUUAUGUUUCUCAUAGACAAUCCAAGCGAGGCGUAGUAGCGGAGUUUCUAUCCACUAGUCUUGAUAAGGCACUUUCUAUGUUCAGUAUUGAAACUUAUUCUAUGUAUGAUCUUAAAAACGAGUCUUUUUAUAUCAAGGAUUCUUCUUCAAGCUUAUGGGAAACUAUUGAUUCAACUGCUCUAGUGGAAAGUUGUAUGCAAAGGGACUGGUAUUGUUUUUAUACUCAGUUGAAGUUGCCUUGUUUAUUUUCUGGUGCAAGAAGAGUUGAUUAUUGUUCAGCAAGUGAUUGUAGUGGACUUUGGGAAACUUUGGAGAGUCGUAUGGAGUUUUUAAGUGUAGAAAAGACUGACUUUAAGCUGUUACGUCAAAAUGAAGAGUUGAAAUGUGAACUACUUGCUCAUUCUAUUGGAUUAUCUCCUAUUGCACAACUCAAUGUGGCAGAUGUUCGUGAAUUGGAGCGUCAUAUUCAAGUGAUG